AUGGAUUCUUCUCCUUACAACCCGAGCUACGGCCAAUGGAAUUCUCCUUACUCUUCUCAUCCUCCUCCUGCUCCUCUCCUUCCGCCGCCACCGCCGCUGCCUCCUCCUCCUCGUCAAUCUCAUCCCGAGAGCCCUAAUUUCUAUUUUCAAUCAAGCCAGAGCGGUGGGCAGGGUAAGGAUUACCACCAUUACUCUCAUCGCCAAGAUCUUCCGCCCAAGCCGGCGGUUAACCAGCCGUCUUCCUACUACUCCCAGCAACAGCAACCGCCGCCGCAACAUCACCCGCCACCGCGUCUUCAAUACAUUCCUCAGCAAGUUAACUACGAGCCUCAAAGGGUUUCGCAGCCGUCGUCAUCUACUAUCCCAUGUACGGAGUCCCGAGAUAUCUCUGAGUCUGCUUGGGUUGGGUACAAUGAUAAACGAGUUGAUUCGUGGACAAUGGAUGCUGGUCUGGGACGAAUGGAGACUGGUAGAAGCCGAGUGGAUCCGAGCCCAGGCCGUAACUACCAGUAUGACUACAGCCGCUCGUCGAGGGAUUCGUCGGGUGUUAGCAUCAGUCGUGGUUUAGAUGGUAGUUAUAGGUCUAGAGAUGAGUUUCGUAAUCUUGGAUAUGUGAGAAAAGAAUCUGUAGCAACUAGGAUAGAGGGAAAUUAUCAAGACCGUGGUCAGUUGAAAGCAGAGUCCGAUAGAUAUUCGAGGGGUUUGGAUGAGGCAGAUAGGGGUUUAUCUUCACGUGUUGGUUAUGGCAGUGACCGAUAUGGUGUUACAGUGAGUCGCGAUAUGAGUAGGUCAUCAGCAAGUCAUGAAGGGACUAGAAGCCAGAGGUGGGAUGAAGCGCGUAAUGGAGGGAGGAUUCUCUAUUCCCGGAAAAAGGACGACCACUAUCAUUCUGGGAUAGGACAAUAUUUUGAUCGUGGAAGGAGAGAGGAGAGCAAGGAAUCGAAUCGAACACCCAGGAUACAAAUGCAGAAGAAGAGUGCUCUGCUGAGGCUUGAAACUCCAAGAACCCAUCAAAACGGUAGAGAGAAUGCUCGUAAUCACUGUAAUUUUAGUGGGAAAAGGUUUAACUCUAACUCGUUUAGCGCUAAAGAACACUUGGGUCAUUCUGACCGUGGAUUAGUGGAGAAGCAAAGGGAGAGAACUCCAAUGGAUCUUGAUGUUUCAUGUGAAUCGAAUCGUCUGGUAGCUAAGCCAGUAGCAUCACCUACGAGUGCAGGCAUCCACCCAGGCCGGUCUGUGACACCUAAGUCUAGUAAAGCCAGAAGGGUAUUGGUGCCUGAUAAAAGCGAGAAAGCUACUGUAAUUGAAGGAAAUGGAAAGUUGAGAACACGUUUGUCGGUUUCUGAAGGCUCCAGACAAUCUACAAGGCAAAAUAUUGCAUCUAAAAUUGAAAAGAAACCUGAUAAUCACUCAAUCCCGUCUUCCAGUGAUGCUAGGGGUAUGAACAAGGUCAGUUUAGUUGAUAGUGUCGUUCAGGACAGCAAAGCCGAAAUUACUGAUAGUGAAUCAAAAGUUCGCAGUGCUGUACAUCCUGCAGAAAAGAUCUCUAGUGUUUGUGAGGCUUUGGAAGAGGCCAAGGAUGGUUCUAAUGUCGAACGUGAUAGCAAUAUGGAGGCUUGCUCCACUGAGGAAGCUGUUAUUAAUGGAGACAAAAGUAUACUGAAGACUCAAGAAGAUGUGUUGGACAGAACGGGCACUAGUUGUAAUGCUGGCGAAGCUCUUCUGCCGAAGGUCAUGGAGAUGGACAAUAGGUCUCCUACUGAAGUACUUGUAUCAUGGUCAACAGCCGUUGAUCUCUCUGGGUGUUCUGGAGCAGGAAUGCGUUUUGCUGGUAAGUCCAUGUGUAGUGUCGGGUCUCAACCUUGUGAAGAUGUGGAUAUGGAUUGUUCACCAUCAAGGAAUUUACCAAUGAUGGAGGUAAAUGCGGGGUCUGAAGAAAGGAAAUCCACUGGCUCAUCAAUUGGAUCUUUGGGUUGUGUAGAUAAAGAUUUUGAGAAAUCAUCUCUAGACGCAUCCAUCUGUUUUAAUGGCGCAGACCCUGGUGAUCAGGUGUUUGCGAAGUCAGAUAUUGGUGGUACUGAAGAUGACAGCAAGGGGAUCAAUAAGAAUGCAGAUUCCUUGUCUCCUGAAAGUGACUCCCCUAGGGAUCUAGUUUCUUCUGCCUCUCUGGACAUUUUUAAUGUUUCAACGGAGCUUGUUAAUGUAAGUAAUAAUUUUUCAGGGGAUCUUGCUAAUGCUCACAGUUUUACUGUUGCUACAUCUACCAAUACUAUGGUUAAGUCACCUGAUAUGAGUGAAGCUAAAAUUCUUACUCACAGUGAAAACACGAUCAGUCCAUCAGUUGAGAAUGAGAAUGGUAGCAGAAAGGAGUCCAUGGAAGCUACGCCCCUUAAUAAUGCUGCAGAAAUGGCUGACAAUUUGGACAGUGAUGAAGGUAAACAGACUUGUGUAAAAGGUACUUCUUCAUCUCUUACAAAGGUCGAUGUAAAGGGAUCAUCAAUUGCGCUACCUGUUGAGAGAACUGAUGAAUCAGAUUUAGCUUUGGCAGUACCAUCUGAGGUGUGUAUGGAACAUGUAAGUGCCGAGAGACUUGUGCGUGAUGAAGAUCUGGGUUUAGCAUCUCAUCAUCCUGCAAAUAUUUCCUCUGUUGAUCAGUUAAGUGGUUCAAAUAUUGGAGGUUUGAAAUCUUGUUUACCAGAGCCAAAUGUUUCUCUGAGCAAAGAUAUUACUGAUGAUUCAAGCGAGUGUCUUGUUGAGCGAGACGUUAGCCAAAAGGAUUCCACUUCUUGUGAUAGUUUACCUAGCUCGGCUGCACUGGUAACUAAAACAAAUCUUGCAAUUGGAAUUUAUGGCAUGGCUGCUAUUGAAACGGUUACUGAUGCUGAAUCUGGUCUCCAUGAAGCUCAACCAGGUUCAACAGUAUGCAAGUUCUUGCCUGAAGAUCAUCGUGGAUGUGGAUCAUCUGGUGCAUUUGGUUCUGUCCGGAUUCUCGCUGUAGAUAAAAAUCUGGAAGAGGAUCCUUCAAGGGUUAGUUCUUGCUUAGCAUCUGAUAGUUCUGUUAGUCCAUGUCACAUUUCUCCCUUGGUGGCAGUGAAUGAGCAGAUACAAAACAAAACAUCUAUUCAAGCUAACUACAGUAAUUCUCGAGGUGGCAUCAUGCAUGAGGAAUAUAAUUGUGCUGAGAACAUUGAUGUUGAUACUCAAGAAGAGAAAAUAAAGCCUGAUGGUGGAGCAUUUGAGUACAGAACUCCGGGAACUGAUAUUAUUGCUGUUACUGGGGAUUCAGUGACUCCAUGUAAUUCUUUAUCCAGUUCACCACGGCGAAGCUUCAGGCAGAUACGGAGUGAAAUUCAUGGUGCUGCCACAGAUGGUGAGACAUGCAAAGAUAAACAGAAACCCAAGCCUUCUGGUGGUACUUCUAAGUACAGAACACGGGGAUCUGAAAUUUUUGCUUUUAGUGGGGAUUCAGUUCCAUGCGAUUCUCUAUCCAGCUCGCCAAGGCUAUACAGACAGAUGCGGAGUGAAAUUCAUACUGCUUCUAUGGUUGAUGAAGAUAGCAAUUAUAAAGAGAAAACAAAGCCAUCUGGUGGAACCUCUAAGUACAGAACUCCAGAAACUGACAUUGUUGCUGUUAGUGGGGAUUCAGUGUUUCCAUGUGAUUCGUUAUCCAGCUCACCAAGGCUGAGCGUCAGGCAGAUACGGAGUGAAAUUCAUGUUGCUGCUAUGGUUGAUGAAGCUAACAAGGUUAAAGAGAGCCAAAAAGAAGAUAUUCUUUUAGAUAAAUUACAAAAGCAAAACAUGACCUCCCAUGUGGUAACCCAGCCAGGUAUUUCGUUGGCGCAUUAUCCUUGCGGAGGUAAAACAUCAUCUGGUGCAUAUGCUGAUUCUUAUGAUCAUCCCAUGUCAAAGCAUCCUGGUGGUGAUUUAGUUGAGAAGCCAAAUGGUGAUCCAAUAGAGAAGCUGACUGGCUUUCAAGAAAAAUACUCACCGAACAGUGCUAGGACUGAUAUAUUUGAGGGUGAAGCAUUGUCAUCUGAUGGAAAAGUUUCUGGAGCUGAAGUUCUUGGUGAAUUAGGUGUUCGUCUGUCAAGAUCACACUCACAUCCAGAUGUUACAUUUGCGUUGGCCCAUGUCAAAGAUCAUGUAGUAUCUGUGCCAGAUCAGGAUUCUCAAAGUAAGACAUCUCCGAGCUCUGCGUAUGAAAUAGAAAAGAGGAAAAAGAAAUCCAAUUACUCUACUCAGAAAAGUUAUCCCCGUUCCCUGCCUUUUGUGUCUGGCACUAAGAAAGAGGCUAACCCUCCCAAUAAGCGUCACACUUGGCAUCGAAAACCCGAUACUUCUACCUCUCCUUUUGUAGCUGCCAAACCUUUGUCGUCGACUUUGCCUAUACAACAGAAGCUUCCCAUAGUGACUGUCCAACGUAGUAGUAGUUACUUACGUAAAGGGAAUAGCCUUCUUCGAAAACCCUCUUAUGGUUAUCCUGGUGUUACCUUUGGACUGCCUCCAUCUGCUAUCCAGUUAAACCGUAUCGAAGACAAAAGCACGGGAUCUGCCAGUAAGAUUGAUGUAGGUAACGCUUCUUUUCUUGUUAAAUCAGGAGAAAUACCCACUCUUGAGAGGCAGUCAAAGCCUCCCUCAGACAGCAGCACCUCCAAAGUAUCAAACGCCAUCGUUACUUCUUCAGGAAAAUGUGCGCUAUAUUACAGCAUGGAUCACCUCACCACUAGUUUACCUGAGUCUAUCAUGGAUUCCGCUACAUCUGGAGAAGCUAAUGUUCCACACUCUGCUAGGGAUACAUCCAAGACACCUAACACACUAAUUCAGAUAGAUUAUGCUUCAGACUGCCAGCAGAAGAGAAAUCCUCCUAAAUUGGAUUCUUCAAAUUUGAAGAGAAUGGUAUAUGUCAAAAGGAAGGCAAAUCAGUUGAUUGCAACUUCAGAUAUUCAUGGUGCAGGCAAGAGUCAGAUUCCUACCUCUGAUGGCUACUUCAAACGAAGUAAAAAUCAGCUAGUAAGGACUUCAGAGAGCCGUGUCAAUCACUCACCUGAUGAUGCAUUAAUUUCACGAGCAGCUGCAACCAUGGUUUCGGAAAGAUCAUCUAGCUCAGCAUUCUCCGACUCUGCUGUCACGAGACCAUAUAAGCGGUCAAAAUUUUCUCUGGUUUGGACGCAAAAUGAUCCACAGUCAAUAUUGCCCACAAGUCACAUGCGCUAUCAGAGGAUCUUGCCGCAACUUGUUCCUUGGAAAAGAGUGACAUACUGGAGAAGAUUAAUGAAUUCAGUCUCAAAUGGUUCUUAUUCCAACAUCAGGUAUUUAGCAUCUAAUGGCGUUGUGACCUUCAGCCAAAAGUUGUCAAUGACGAGGAAGAGACAUACGGUUUACACAAGGUCAACCAAUGGGUAUUCACUUCAAAAAUCCAAGGUAUUAAGUAUUGGUGGGUCGCAUUUGAAAUGGUCCAAGUCCAUUGAGAGAGACUCGCGAAAAGCUAAUGAGGAAGCCACCUUGGCUGUGGCUGCAAUUUCAAAGAAAGAAAGUGAAAAGCAUUCUGGACAAAGUAGUACUAGGACGACAAGCAGAAACCAUCUGGCACGGGAGCGCGUUUUCAGAUUUGGUUCCCUUCGCUAUAAAAUGGACCCUUCUAGGCGAACUCUUCAGAGAAUAUCUGUCUUGGUCUCAUGUAUCUCUGCUGAGCUAAGGCAUGAUUCUUUACCAGAUGUUGAUUCACCGUGCUCUGGACCUUCUGAAAAUGGGAAAGGUGCAAAAAGACCGUUCAUCCCAAAGAGAUUGGUGAUUGGCAAUGAAGAAUAUGUUCGUGUGGGAAAUGGUAACCAGCUUGUCAGGGAUCCAAAGAAACGAACUCGUGCGUUGGCAAAUGAGAAAGUGAGAUGGAGCCUGCACAAUGCCCGGUUGCGGUUGGCUAAAAGGAAGAAGUACUGCCAGUUUUUCACAAGAUUCGGGAAAUGCAACAAAGACGACGGAAAAUGUCCAUAUGUUCAUGACCCCUCGAAAAUUGCAGUUUGCACCAAAUUUCUGAAUGGAUUGUGUGCCGAUGCUAAUUGCAAAUUGACUCACAAGGUCAUUCCAGAAAGGAUGCCUGAUUGUUCUUAUUUUCUUCAAGGCCUAUGCAACAACGAGGCAUGUCCAUAUAGGCACGUGCAUGUCAACCCGAGUGCCGCUAUAUGCGAUGGAUUUUUGAAGGGAUACUGUUCAGACGGAGACGAGUGUCGGAAGAAGCAUUCCUACACAUGCCCAGUAUACGAAGCCACUGGAUCAUGCCCUCAAGGAUCGAAAUGCAAGCUCCACCACCCUAAGCACCAAAGCAAAGGAAGCAAGAGGAAAAGACCAAGCGACCCAUCAGAGAAAAAUUCCCGUGGGCGUUACUUCGGUUCACUUCACAAAGUCUUUUCAGAGUCUGAGCCAAUGGUAGUCGAUAGACUUUCUGCAGACAGUGAAGUUUUGGGAAUGGAAGGCCUCGACUUCAUAUUCCUCGGCGCUCCCGAGUAUGAAACGGGUGAAAACAGUGAUCGAGCCACCGAGCAAUCUAUCUCCAGUGACGGUGAAGCGCCGCUCUCAAUAUACAAUCUAAUCAGACCAGUUGCUUUGAUGCAGUAA